AUGACAAAACUUACUCUGGCUUUAGUCACCUGCUGUUUGUUAUUGACUGAAAUUCUAGGCAAUCCUAAUGAGAAUUAUCUUAGGCUACACCAAACUUGCUUGCGAGUUUAUGAGAAAUGUAAGAAUAAUAAAUCGAGAUUGGGAAACCAUGACGAUACUUCCAUAUUCUUUAACGAGUUUUGUAGGAGCUUCGACUUGGGCUGGUUAGAUGCUAGUCGCUGUGAGCUUCUACGAAUAGCUUGUUUUUCUACUGUGCGCGAUUGCGAGAGUCCUACUUGUAAGAAUGUGGCUCGUCAAAUGCGGGAAAGAAAACUAAAUAAAAUAAAAGAAAAUUAA